AUGACAUCGGCUUCCUCGCUCCCGGCCUCUGCGAUGCAGGCAUCCAGAGCUGCCCUGUCCGCCGCCUUGUCCGAAGCCAAAGAAUCGGACGGAACAAGUGAUGUAACCAACGCCUCUCCGGAGGCGGCAACCAACGGCGACGAUAUGGAGGAUGGCGAAAUUCAGGAGGUUGACAUGGAAUCUCAAGCGGAGGGAAUAAGGACAGUGUUUAGUGAUCCAACCAAUUUUAACGUCAAACACCCUCUAUUCUCGCCAUGGACUCUUUGGUUCGACUCGCCAUCUACGAAGGGCAGAAAUCUUCCGCAGACGCCAAUGACAGCUGCACCCCAGACGCCACUACCUCAGACGCCCGGCGCAGCUGCGGCAAUGGGCUGGAUGGAGGAUAUAAAACGAGUUAUUAAUUUCGAUAGCGUGGAAGAGUUUUGGGGGCUGUACAAUAAUAUUGUUCCUCCGUCGCAAUUGCCGCAAAAGGCGAACUAUUAUCUUUUCAAGGAGGGUAUUAUCCCCGCUUGGGAGGACGAAGCAAAUAAAGAUGGUGGCAAAUGGAGCAUCCAGCUGCCUAAGGACAAAAAUAGGGGAAAUGUUGACAAGAUGUGGCUAUAUACAAUGCUUGCUGCUAUUGGAGAAACAUUCGACUCUUCCGGAGCUUCCACCGAUGAGUUAGCACCGCAGUCGCUAGUGACCGGAGUCAUUGUUUCGACGCGUCCGCAAUUUUACCGUAUUUCUAUCUGGACACGACUUGCUCCUUCGAACCAGACAGACGAUGAGAAGUUACGGAAGAGGAUUGAGACAGUUGGGAAACAUUUCAAGACCCAGGUGCUUGGCUACGCCGACGGAGCGAAACUUGCGGGCCCACUUGCAACGGAGGUGGAGUUCCUGUCGCACAAGGACUCGGAGAAGAAGGGGAAAUCGAAAAAGAUUGUCGUGUAG